GGGACCCCCUCCGGGACAGAGCGCCGAGACCCCCGCGCAGGGUGACGUGGAGGAGGAGGAGGGGGACCCCUCGAAGCUCCACGUGGACGGGGAGCCCAAGACCGGCAUUCGGCGCCGGAGAAAGGGUGUCGGGAGGCCCUGGGUCCCUGAGGCCCGGGCCAGUGUCCUGAGAGGGAUUCAGGGCCCUUGGCCAGGCCCUCCAGCCCCAGUGGCCCCUGCAGACGGCAUGAGAGGAGCCCCUUCAGGCAGGGCCGCCAAGACGCUGGAGAGCAGGCCCCUGGGGGAGCCCCGUGGAGGCUACUGCCUCUCCGAGGACAGUGACAUCCACAUCACCAGCGAGGAGGAGGACCGAAAGGAGCCGCCUCUCCCGAGCCCCUGUGGCCCCAAAGAGAAGGAAACCGGUGGCCGCGUCCCCCGGGUUCCUCAGGAGAGCUGCCCGGCGCCACCAGGGGGCCUUUGCUGCUACAUCUGCGGGUCGGCACUGUCCCCGGCCUCGCAGCACCAGAUCCACGUGCAGAAGCAGGAGAAGCUGGCUCAGGCCCCCUUCUUUCCCUUCCUGUGGCUGCACAGUCCACCUCCCGGGGCUCAGCCCAUCAGCGAGGGCGGCAGCACCCUGGUGUGUCCCUGCUGCUUCUCCUCCCUCAUGCAGCAGUGGCAGAGCUUCGAGCUGGCCAGCGUGCCUGUCCUGCAGAGACUGUACGUGGUGCCUCUGAACAGCCACGCCCCCGGCAUGGCCUCCAAGGGCAGGAGGCUCCCGAGGGAGGAGGGCACCACCUCGGGGACCCUGCCAGAGGCCUGCUAUCUCUGUGGAGAGGACUGCACCCCUGACGCCCGGGCUGUGGCCUCCAGGAUCCUCAAUGGCAAUGCCAGGAGCACCAUGCAUUUCCCCUUCCUCAGCGUCCUGCCCUGCCCCCCCAAUGCCCGAGGCCCCAACAAGCGAGGUGAGGUUCGUAGCUGCCCCAAGUGCUUCAGCGUCCUGGAGGACAUCUGGGCCCUGUACCGGGCCUGUCAGAACGAGGAGCUCAUCACCUCUGUGCAGGGCUUCCUGGGCAGGUACCACCAGGCCUUCCCUGCCUCUGACCCUGCGCUCUCCGAGCUGCCCACAUCGACCCAGGGCAGCGCCGUGUCCGUCUGCUACAUCUGCGGGACUGAGCUGGGCCCCGGGAAGGAGUUCCAGCUCAACGUGAACCCCUCCAGUCGCUUGGGCGAGAAGGAACCCUUCUUCCCCUUCCUCACUGUGUACCCACCUGCUCCACGUGCCAGGCCUGCCGACUCCACAGGCCUGGUGGCCACCUGCGUGCUCUGCUACCACGACUUGCUAGGCCAGUGGCUGCAGCAUGAGGCACGCAAUGCCCACCAUGCUGUCAGUGCCUGGUCCCGGCAGUACCAGGUGGACACGUUUGUGUGCUUCUUCUGCCAGCAGGAGAGGAAGCGGUGUCUUGGGUUGAAGGCUGUGCGGGUGGCCCGGCUGCCCUUGUUUCUCUAUACCCUGCGAGCGAGCCACAGUCUGCUGGUGGACGACGGGCGGCAGCUGAUCAUCGGCGCCUGUGUGGAGUGUGGGACGCUGGUGUGUGCUGGCCAAGGGCUUACCCGCCAGGGACCUGUGGGCUGGAGCUCCCCAGUGGCAACGGCGAUAAAGGUCACCUCUGCAUCUCUCGAGGCACCGGCAGCCACCCACCCUCCCGCCCGGGAGCCCGAGCCCUGGCUGGGGACCCCAGCGGAGAGCCUGCUCAGAGGCCCCAAGACCGCCCAGGAGCUAGGGCCAGCCCGGUGUCAGCAGAGCAGCCUGGACGGGGCCGGACCAGACCUCACCGGCACAGGGUCUUCACUGAGCAGUGAGUCGUCCCCUGUGUCCUCUCCAGCCACCAAUCACAGCUCCCCUGCCAGCACGCCCAAGCGCGUGCCCAUGGGCCCCAUCAUCGUCCCCCCCGGGGGCCACAGCGUCCCUAGCACGCCCCCCGUGGUGACCAUCGCCCCUACCAAGACCGUCAAUGGCGUCUGGAGGAGCGAGAGCCGGCAGGACACCAGCUCUCGGGGCAGCAGCAGCGGCCGAGAACGCCUCAUCGUGGAGCCCCCACUGCCCCAGGAGAAGGCGGGGGGCCCGGCCAUUCCCUCCCACCUGCUCAGCACCCCCUAUCCCUUUGGCAUCUCCCCCAGCUCAGUGGUGCAGGACUCCCGGUUCCCACCACUCAACCUCCAGCGGCCUGUGCACCACGUGGUGCCGCCCAGCACGGUGACCGAGGACUACCUGAGGAGCUUCCGGCCCUACCACACCGCCGAGGACCUCCGCAUGUCCUCCCUACCUCCCCUCGGCCUGGACCCGGCCACUGCUGCCGCCUACUACCACCCCAGCUACCUGACUCCGCACCCCUUCCCCCACCCGGCCUUCAGGAUGGACGACUCCUACUGCCUAUCCGCCCUGCGGUCCCCCUUCUACCCCAUUCCCACCCCCGGCUCCCUGCCUCCGCUGCACCCCUCGGCCAUGCACCUUCACCUCUCCGGGGUCCGCUACCCGCCGGAGCUGUCCCACUCGUCCCUGGCGGCACUGCACUCGGAGCGGAUGUCCAGCCUCAGCGCCGAGCGGCUGCAGAUGGAUGAGGAGCUGCGGCGUGAGCGUGAGCGUGAACGUGAACGUGAACGUGAAAGGGAACGGGAAGCUGACCGUGAGCGGGAGAAGGAGCGUGAGCGGGAAAGGGAGAAGGAGCGCGAGCGGGAGAAGGAGCUGGAACGCGAGCGCGAGAAGGAGCGGGAGAGGGAGCUAGAGCGCCAGCGCGAGCAGCGGGCCCGAGAGAAGGAGCUGCUGGCCACCAAGACACUGGAGCCAGCCUUCCUGCCUGUGGCUGAGCUGCACGGGCUGCGUGGCCACACCUCAGAGGAGCGGGUCAAGUCCGCGGAGCAGCUGACCCCAACCCGAGCAGAGAAGCUGAAGGACGCAGGCCUGCAGGCGCCCAAGCCUGUGCAGCACCCCUUGCACCCGGCACCCGCCCCCCAUCACACCAUGCCCAGCCUUCUCUCCAACCACGGCAUCUUCUCUCUGCCGGGCAGCAGCGCCGCCACGGCCCUGCUCAUCCAGCGCACCAAUGAGGAGGAGAAGUGGGUGGCGCGGCAGCGGCGGCUGCGGCAGGAGAAGGAGGACCGGCAGUCGCAGGUGUCGGAGUUCCGGCAGCAGGUGCUAGAGCAGCACCUGGACAUAGGCCGGCCCCCAGUGCCCACGGAGCCCGAGCACAGGCCCGAGAGCGCCAGGCCGGGACCAAACCGUCAUGAGCCGGGUAGCCGAGACCCCCCGCAGCACUUUGGCGGGCCCCCGCCCCUCAUCUCGCCCAAGCCCCAGCACCACUCCGUGCCCACGGCCCUCUGGAACCCGGUGUCCCUGAUGGACAGCACCCUGGAGACACGGCGGGCACCCGAGAGCCACCCUCUGCACAGCCACCCUGCCUUGUUCGAGCCCGGCCGGCAGGCGGCAGUCCCGCUGGUGAAGGUGGAACGGGUCUACGGCCCAGAAAAGGUGGAGGAAGGGCCCCGGAAGCGCGAGGCCACCCCCCUGGACAAGUACCAGCCACCUCCACGGGAGUCAGGGAGCCUGGAGCAACAGGCCUUUCCUCAUGGACCUGGGCCCUUCUUGGCUGAGCUUGAGAAGUCCACCCAGACCAUCCUGGGCCAGCAGCGGGCCUCCCUCACCCAGCCACCCCCCUUUGGGGAACUCACUGGACCCCUAAAGCCGGGCUCACCCUACCGGCCCCCGGCACCACGCGGCUCUGACCCCGCCUACAUCUUUGAUGAGUUCCUGCAGCAGCGCCGGAGGCUGGUCAGCAAGCUGGACCUGGAAGAGCGCAGGCGGCGAGAGGCCCAGGAGAAAGGAUACUACUACGACCUGGAUGACUCCUAUGAUGAGAGUGACGAAGAGGAGGUCAGGGCCCAUCUUCGCUGCGUGGCCGAGCAGCCGCCCCUCAAACUGGAUACAUCCUCCGAGAAGCUAGAGUUUUUGCAACUUUUUGGCUUGACCACCCAACAGCAGAAGGAGGAACUGCUGACCCAGAAGCGGAGGAAGCGGCGGCGGAUGCUGAGAGAGAGAAGCCCAUCGCCCCCGACGAUUCAGAACAAGCGGCAGACACCUUCACCGAGACUGGCCCUGUUCACCCGCUAUAGUCCCGAUGAGAUGAACAACAGCCCCAACUUCGAAGAGAAAAAGAAGUUCCUGACCAUCUUCAACCUGACCCACAUCAGUGCCGAGAAGAGGAAAGACAAAGAGAAACUUGUCGAAAUGCUCCAUGCCAUGAAGCAGAAGGCACUGUCAGCGGCAGUGGCAGACUCUCUCAGAAACUCUCCGAGGGACAGUCCUGCUGUCUCCCUGAGCGAACCAGCCACGCAGCCAGCCUCUCUGGAUAUGGAAAAGCCGGUGGGUAUUGCUGCUUCCCUGUCUGACGUCCCAAAGGUCACAGAGCCUGGGAGACUGGAGCAGCUCCGGCCACAGGAACUGUCUCUCCAGGAGCUGACUCCUGCCAGCAGCGAGAAGGCCAGGCUGAAUGAGGCCCCUGGGGGCAAGAAGAACCUGAGCAUGAUGCAUUACAUCAGGGGCCCCGCCCCCAAGGACAUUCCCGUGCCCCUGUCCCACAGCGUCAACGGGAAGAGCAAGUCGUGGGAGCCCUUCAUGGCAGAGGAGUUUGCACAUCAGUUCCACGAGUCCGUGCUGCAGUCCACCCAGAAGGCCCUCCAGAAGCACAAAGGGAAUGGAGCCGUGCUGUCUGCAGAGCAGAACCACAAAGUUGACACAUCCAUCCACUACAACAUUCCUGAGCUGCAGUCCUCAAGCCGGCUCCCUCUGCCCCAGCACAACGGGCAGCAGGAGCCCCCGGCCGUGAGGAAGGGCCCCCUCACACAGGAGACGGACCAGGACUCGGAAGAGGAGGAAGAGGAGGAGGAUGGAGAAGAGGAUGAUGAGGAACCCCCCAGGCGCAAGUGGCAAGGGAUUGAGGCAAUUUUUGAAGCUUACCAGGAACAUAUAGAAGAGCAAAAUCUGGAGCGGCAGGUGUUGCAGACACAGUACAGACGGCUGGAGGCCCAGCACUACAGCCUCAGUCUCACAGCAGAACAGCUCUCCCACAGCAUGGCGGAAUUGAGGAGCCAGAAACAGAAGAUUGUCUCAGAAAGAGAGCGAAUCCAGGCGGAACUGGAUCACUUCCGGAAGUGCCUUGCAUUGCCUGCAUUGCAUUGGCCUAGGGGUUACUUUAAGGGAUAUCCUAGGUGACGGUUUCCCUUGCACUAGGCCGAACCUAUAGUAUAGAAAUAUUAUCUAUUUUAUUACCUUGAAUAUUUAAUAUUUUUCACUGGGAGGUUUGAAGCUUAAAAAAAAAUAAUAAAGAAUGUGCCAUGCAUGAAGCAAAGGAUUCCAGACUCCAGAAAAAGAACGAACUCACCUUGACUUCAAUGCAACUGAAUCACCUUUGUAAUUCAGCGAGCAACCAAUGUAGGACAUCGCCCAUAUAUUUUUUUAAAAGGCAAUUUUAUUCUUUCUUUCCCCAUGUCACCGUUUUAAAAUCUGAAAAUGAAGGCUCCAUUACCAACACUAAAACUUUUAUCAUUUAUAGCCCCUGGGUGCAUAAGAUUGGAUCAAACUGCUUGUGUUCUAUUUCUUGUGUUGCCAUAUUACUAUGCCUGAAGACCCAAGUUUGCUUUUGCUGCAGCAGAGGGUCGGUCUCAUGCCUCCCCAGGACUGAGACCUGCUUCAGCUGAAUGAAGGUGGGGUGCAUUUUAAGUGAAGGGCUUAUUUGUUUUGGUUACUUUUCUGCAAAAUUUUCUUCAAAGCAACAGUACUAAAAGUCUUACCAAUAGCAGGCUUUUCCCUGGAAAAGCUCUCACCUAAAGAUAAAGCAAAUUGACAAACUGAAGGUACCUUUUUUAUUACUCCGUGGGGUGGGGUGGGGGGGGAGUGUACAGAGCUCUAUGUAUACAUAUAUGCACACCCACCAAAUUGUUGCUGCAGUGGGGGGUGUUUUCAUACAAACAAAUUUUGAGAGAAAAGUCAAAGGUGCUUCAGCCUUGUACUGUGUAUAUAUAUUAAAAAAAAGUUUUGUAUGUUUUUAUUACUUUAAUUAUUGUUAUAAAAGGCCUGCCAUUUUUAAUAUGUGGUUUUGGGGGAUUUUUGUUUGUUUUCCUGUUUUGGGGUUUUGUGUUUUGUGUUUUUUUUUCUGGGCAAAAAAAAGAAACAACAACAAACUUGCUUUUAGUGUUUGUACUGCUGCUGGUCAGGACAUUAAAUAUUGAAGUGUUUUUAAAAAUUAAAGAAGAAGAAAAGUAAAAGAGCUUACCACUGGCGCCUAUGCGAUCACUUCAUUUUUGAGUUGCACCAGAAAAUGAUGUAGAAAGCCAUGCGUUACUUCUUACCUCCUUCUCUACCCCCUCCCCCCAGCUCUGGACAGCAAAUAGCAGUUAUACCUAGUUGCUAUCAGUGAGGAGGGGCUAGUCUAUGGUGAACAAGACAUACUGGGUGUGCACCUAUGCAUGCACCUACAGACAUGGGGCUUUUUGCAAAAGAACCUUUCAGGAAGUGAGCAGUUUGUGAUAGAAUUCUAAGGUGUCUUACAGCAGUCUGAGAACAGGUGCAAAGUAGAAACUCUAGAGGCUUUAUUUAGAUGCAAAGCUUUGUAAAAGCCUAAAAGUAGGAUAAAGGAUAAACAAUGUCUGAGCUGAACUUCUCCUCCUUUUGAACUGACUGUGACAAGCACAGGAGCAGCUAGAAACAGAUAAUCAGAUCAGUGCAAAGCAAUGGGCAAAUUUUUCCUUCUUGUCCCAGUUAACUGCUCAUUCAGGCAGGGUUUAAUCUAGAUCAAGCAAGUAUCUCUUGCCUGAAUGGGCUUGAACCAGAGGCUAAAGCAGCCACUGGUUGGUCUGCCAGGGGAGGGGAUGGGAGGAGGUCUGAGUGUGAUCACGCCUCCCCUUUACCCAGGGGAAGGGCUGGCUGACCUUCAUGAAGGCUACUCACUGUGAUCAGUGGCCGCACCCUCAGCCCCAGACCUUAGCUGUGCAGAACAGCUUGCUGGCAGAUGGCAUUGUGUCGCUUUAUCUGUUCCCACACAGUUUGCUUUGUAUGUCUGCCAAGAAUCUUCCAGUUAUUAGCAAACUCAGACAAAAAGUGCCGCCAGUAUUAUCAGCAGUCAACAAGCGCCUUCCUCUCCACAGAAACGAUUUGACGAGAUCUAAGGGCUGUUCUGUGGCCUCCCCUGCAAAGACAUUGAGAGAUCAACAUGUUCCACAGGUGGGGACAGGUGUUUAGAGGGAACUCUAUUGCCAACAAUCAGGGCAAAAUGUCACUGAAUUUCUCUCUUUAAAAUCUGCUUGCUGCUUCUGGUCUGAAAGCUUAAGAGCUACAUCUUAGCACUUCACUCCCAGUCCUCCUUCGCCAUCACAGAAUGUCUGAGUACUAGUAAUUUUGCUGAUCAGCUUUGGUAAUGGCCUUGGCUUAGAAAAAGAAAAAUGUAGAUCUAAUAACUUGAUGGGAAAGAAAAGCAGAGCCCCAUUCCUCCUCCAGCCCAGGGGAGCUCCCUUGGUGGGGUUUGUUUAGUUGUCAGGGAGGACGUCCCUGAGCUAGUAACAACUGCUUUUCCUUCUUCCCAUUGAAAACGCCACUGUCACCCUGCACUUGAGCUUCUCUGUCACUCCGCCACACCAAACUCCCACCCAUCUCUAGAGAUCUCUGAAUAUUCUUGGGCUUAAGAAGUAAUAUGACAAUCAGAGAAUAUAAAUAUAUACCAGAAAAGGCAGCAUAAUAAACUAAGAAAAAGGUAAAGUGUCUUUUGAAAACAAAUGCACCACUAAGACAUAGUACCCAAUAAUGGUUUUUCCAUCCAAUAAUUAGUUCUAAAAUCUUAAAACACAUUUUCAUCUCAUCUAAUUUUUCUUUUCAGUUUGGGCUUAAAAACGGGCAAAUAUGCGCUCUCUGAAGAUUUUGUUCAGCUAUUUCACACUGAAUUUAAAAGACACAGCUCAGAAGAACACCGAAUUUGCUCUAGAAUUGAUUUUGCAACCUGUGUCAGUCCUCCACGGCCUCAUGUGCUUCCUACAGCACCGGCAGGAGACGGCUGUUUUGUUAAACUUGUGAGGGACACCUUCCAAAGCCAAAUCCCCAGCUUCGCAUUUAAUCAAAUAUUUAGGGACAAACCAGAACGUUCCUCAAAACUUGGAUCUACACACCUGAUCAUUUGAAAAUGCAUUGGUUCUCUGUUUCAUAUAAUCAGCCAAACUGACAAUGAAAACAUUUCAUGAUAUAAUCCAUUGUCUAAGAUAAAUGGCCAAGGUAGGGUUUUCAACAGUUUAGUCUACAUUCUAAAGGAAAUAAAACACUAAAUUGGCAUUAACAUUCUAUUAGAUAAUACCCUUAAGGAAAUUCAAAGAAUAUUCAGCAGUGAAGAAUUAUAACACAAGAAAUCUUACGUUUGUACAUGGAACGGUAUUUCCUAAAGGCUGCCUAAUCUCAAAAAUUACAUCAAGAUACUCCCUUUCCCUCUGAGCCAUGUGUUUUUUAAAGUGUAGAAAAUUCCAAGGAUCCACCACAAGAUGGAGAUGAUCAGCACAAGCCGAUUCUGUUCCUCUUAAAUAAGUGUAUAUUAGCCAUUUAGCAGCAAUCCCUAUACUCUUUCAAGUAACCAAGCUAUUGACUUUCUUACUACUUGCAGUAGCCUGUCCCCAACUUUUGAUCCAGCACUUAACUUAAACUCCUUAACUCUGCCUAGACCUGAGGAAGACCAUGCUAAUUGGUUGUGUUACUUUGUAUGUACCCUGUGUUUAAUUGCUAGAACAGUAAACCAGUACAUGGGAGGGAGGAGGAACAGUGCCUCGGUCACUCUGGGGGCAGUUUAGAUGCUGUGAAAUUAAACCUGUUCUAAGUGUACUUGUUUGAAUUAAUUGUAUUGUAAUAUUAUUUGUUGAAUGUAGUAAUUAGGUAUUUAUGAAUAUAUUGCUGUAAUUUCUGACAACAUCCAAAAAAAAUAAAAUCUUCCUAAAUCAUG